CGGGACGCACGGUUGGUCUGCACUGGCAGAGUGGCCCGGUUCCUGGAUACCCGCACGCGAUGGCGUCGGGUGGUUGGCGCUGGCUGCGCGGUCUGUGGGCAGCCGGGCAGCCCAUGUUCCAAGGCCGUGCGCUGCUCGUUACCAACACGCUGGGUUGUGGCGUUCUCAUGGCGGCUGGGGACGGCGCGCGCCAGUCCUGGGAGAUCCGCUCCCGGCCCAGCCAGAAGUUCGACCCACGGCGCUCAGUGAGCAUGUUUGCUGUGGGCUGCAGCAUGGGCCCCUUCCUACACUACUGGUACCUCUGGCUAGACCGCCUGCUCCCUGCGUCCGGCCUCCGUGGGCUUCCAAACAUCCUCAGGAAGGUUCUCGUCGACCAGUUGGUGGCCUCUCCCAUGCUGGGUGUCUGGUACUUCUUGGGUCUUGGCAGCCUAGAGGGCCAGUCCCUGGAAGAGAGCUGCCAGGAGCUUCGGGACAAGUUCUGGGAAUUUUACAAGGCUGAUUGGUGUGUGUGGCCUGCUGCGCAGCUGGUGAACUUCCUCUUUGUGCCCCCCCAGUUCCGAGUCACUUACAUCAAUGGCCUGACACUGGGCUGGGACACAUACCUCUCCUACCUGAAGUACCGGGUGAGCACAGUGGACAGACCAGGCACCCAGGAAACUCCUCAGGGGCCACACAUGUGAGACGCAAAAGGCAGUACAGCUCCUCUCCAGGGUGAGGGCCUCCUGUGCCUUUGACAGUCUGCACCCCAAGGUCGGUGGGUAGGGAGCUGAUCAACAGCAGGGUGAAGACGGAGCCCCUCUCAGCUGUCU